AUGUUUUGGUUGUCUAGGGAUAGCUUGAAGGAAACAGCCAAACGGUACACUUUUAAGUUGGCUAACUUUGAGGAAGUGAAUAGUGAGACGCCUGAGUCAGCAGUGAAUAGUGAGACGCCUGAGUCAGCAGUGAAUAGUGAGACGCCUGAGUCAGCAGUGAAUAGUGAGACGCCUGAGUCAGCAGUGACGCCUGAGUCAGCAGUGACGCCUGAGUCAGCAGUGAAUAGUGAGACGCCUGAGUCAGCAGUGACGCCUGAGUCAGCAGUGAAUAGUGAGACGCCUGAGUCAGCAGUGACGCCUGAGUCAGCAGUGACGCCUGAGUCAGCAGUGAAUAGUCAGACGCCUGAGUCAGCAGUGAGUGGCCAGACGCCUGAGUCAGCAGUGACGCCUGAGUCAGCAGUGAGUGGCCAGACGCCUGAGUGGCCAACAUGCUGCUGA